AUGGUUGAUUCUUGUGUGUGUGUGUGUGUUCUGUUUUUCUUUACAGUUUCUGUAGAUUGUGGAGCCAAUGUAGCUGCCAACGAUCCAGUCAUCAGCAUUCUGACAGACGUUGAAAUCACAGCAGCAGCUAAAUGUCAAGGUGGAGAUAAGAAUUUUGUAUCGGACGAUUCCGUGCACUAUACUCUUCCUGCAGCCUUUACAGCCCGAGACAGUCGCUGCCUUCUCUACAGACGAGAGAGUUCUGAACAUUAUGUUGUAGACGUGGAGAUACAUUAUGGAGAGCAGGGUAGUUUAAUAUUGACCAAACAAAAGAUACUUACGGCCAUUUGUAAUUUCGGCGAUCAUGGUAAAGAUGACAGUGCACAACAUUCUAUAAGAGAAGGGCCAAUAGCACCAAUCGAAAUACAAUCUAUUGUUGGUGAAACAAUUCCUAAGUCAGAGUUAACUUUGAGCGUCCAAACUGUUGAUGAUCAGGACGCCGUCGUCCCGAUGGCUCUCGAUCGUAGAUACUCUGUUUAUGGUACAUACACGGGCAGUCUUUCUAAUGUUGGUUUGAAACCAGUGAGUUGUGAUGCUGUAUCAGACAGUGGAGACCGGUAUUCAGUUCUAAGGGCCGGAUGUGGGGAUGGAUUGAUAUUUGAUAGAUCAGAAGGAUUUACAACUCUUGGUACAACUUUUAGAAGUCCAUAUUUUGUAGCUUUUCAUUUGUCUAGUAGUACAAACCUAGCUUUUGAUUGUAAUGUUACUUUGUGUUCCCCAAGCUGUGAUGGCGUAAGAUUUUGUUUUUAUAUUUUACAUGCUGACAUACUGAAUGGCAGUGGUUUUUCAUUCUUUUUUUUUUUCUCAUGUUCUGAAUUAUGA